AUGUCCAAUCCCGUAGCUGGCACGCAAAUUGCAGGUUCAACGGCGAUCGCGUCCGCGUUAAAGGACGUUUCGGUAGAACGUAUAGUGGGGCCUGGAAAUGACGAGGUGGUGAAAAUAGGGUCCUUCUGGGAGUCGCAGCCCGUGGUGAUUCAUUUCCUCCGCCGAUUCGGCUGUCGCAUCUGCAGGGGGGGCGCCAGGGACAUGUCGCGCGCCAUCCCGCACCUGCACAACGCGGGCGUGCGGGUCGUCGCCAUUGGUCUGGACCAUCUAGGAGUGGACGAGUUUGUGGAUGGGGGCUACUGGAAGGGCGAGCUGUAUAUCGACGAUGGCAAGCGGGCCUACCAUGCUCUGCAGCUCAAGUCCAUCUCCCUCUGGCAGGUGGCAUAUCAGCUGCUGUUUGACAAGACAGUGAAAAAGUCCCUUGGAGACACGGCCAAUGUCAAGGGCGACCUGGCUGGCGAUGGCCUGCAAUUGGGAGCCACAUUCGUGUUUGAUAAAGGUGGCAAGUUGCUCCAUGAAUUUAGGCAAGUGACAGUGGCAGACCAUCCGUCUCCAGAAGAGCUUUUGAAGCCUUUUGGAAUUGAUUUAAGUGUGCUUAGCGGAGUGAAAGAGGCAAGAGAAGCUGCAGAAGAGGCCAUGGCGUUCGCGACUCGUGCAACAAGCUGCCAGCUUCGCCUGCCAGGGAAUCUUCCUUUACAUUCCGCGUCCAAGGGACCCGUCUCCCUCCGCCUCCCAGUCGUGCGCGCUGCGGCGGGCGAUGCGGAGAGCAGCGGCGCGGAGAAGCCGCGGAUGGGGGAGCCGCAGGGGGAGCGCGCCAAGGGCAUCUUUGAAUUCGUCACGGACAACCCGUCGAGCCGCUCCGCCAUCCAGCUUAAGAACGCGCCCGCCAUGGACGGCAACGUCGGCCAGAUGAUCUCGGCGAUAGAGGACAAGGGCAAGGACAUGGGGUCGUACUUGCUGUCGGGCGAGUUCCAAUAUUUCGUCAGGCAAAUAGAGGACGCGUACCAUCAAGAGCUGGACCGGCUUUUGGAGACUCUCAACGUCACUCAGCCUUUCUACCUUGUCGUGCACGGCUAUUUGGUGGGCAGCUACGGGCUCACAUGGGCGCUCAAGAACGCCAGUCAUCUCAAGGGACUGGCCAUCCUCAACACACCGCUCUCUCCCUCCUCGCCCCUGCCGCAGAUCUUCCAGCAACUCAGACUGCCCUUCGUGGGCGAGUUCCAGUGCCAGAACGCCGUGCUGGCAGAGCGAUUCAUCGAGAAGGGCAGCCCCUACUCCCUGGAGCUUGACAAUGCAGACGUGUAUCGCCUACCCUACCUCGACAGUGGAGAGCCCGGCUUCUCCCUUCUGGAGACGGCGCGCAAGGCCAACCCCAAGCAGCUGGGGGAGAAGAUCCAAAACACGCUCUCCUCUUCUAACUGGACGGUGCCAACAGUAAUCGCAUGGGGCAAGGACGACCCAUACAUCCCCAUCACGGACGCUCAGGCCAUUGCCAAGGCCAACGCUUCAUCAAUCACUCUUCGCGUGCUGGAGGGCGCCGGGCACACGCCGCAGGAGGACUGGUCGGAGAAAGUGGUCGAUAGCCUUCGAGUCUCCUUCAACUGA